CGGGCGGUGGGCAGCAUGGCGUCCGGGGCGGCGGCGGCGGCAGCCGAGGCGGCGGCGGGGGUCGGGGCCGGGCCGGGGCCCGAGGCCGGGGUCCAGCCCGGGACUUUGCUGGAGGUCACGUCCCGCGAGCAGUUCGAUGAGCUGCUGCGUCUCCGGGCCAGGUCCCUGGUUGUCAUCCACUUCUGGGCCCCAUGGGCUCCCCAGUGUGCACAGAUGAAUGACGUCAUGGCGGAAUUGGCCAAGGAGAACCCACAAGUAGCAUUUGUGAAGUUGGAAGCGGAAGCUGUUCCUGAAGUGUCUGAGAAAUAUGAAAUUAGUUCUGUCCCGACCUUCCUGUUCUUUAAGAACUCGCAGAAAGUGGAUCGGUUAGAUGGCGCCCACGCCCCUGAGCUGACCAGGAAGGUGGAGCGCCACGUCACCAGCAGUGCUCUUCCCCGGGCCUCCAGUGAACGCACGAAGGAGGACCUCAAUCUGCGGCUGAAGAAGCUGACCAACGCCGCCCCGUGCAUGCUCUUCAUGAAAGGGUCUCCACAAGAACCCCGCUGUGGCUUCAGCAAGCAGAUGGUGGAAAUUCUUAACAAGCAUAAUAUUCAGUUUAGCAGUUUCGAUAUCUUUUCGGAUGAAGACGUGCGCCAAGGACUCAAAGCGUACUCCAAUUGGCCCACUUAUCCUCAGUUAUAUGUGUCUGGAGAGCUGAUAGGAGGACUUGAUAUCGUUAAGGAACUGGAAGCAUCCAAUGAACUUGAUACAAUUUGCCCCAAAGCACCCAAACUAGAGGAAAGGCUCAAAGUACUGACAAAUAAAGCUUCUGUGAUGCUGUUUAUGAAAGGAAGCAAACAGAUGGCAAAAUGUGGAUUCAGCAAGCAAAUCCUAGAAAUACUUAACAGUACUGGUAUUGAUUUUGAGACGUUUGAUAUCUUGGAGGAUGAAGAAGUGCGGCAAGGACUAAAAGCGUACUCCAACUGGCCAACGUACCCCCAGUUGUACGUGAAAGGUGAGCUUGUUGGAGGAUUGGAUAUAGUUAAGGAACUGAAAGAAAAUGGCGAAUUGUUGCCUAUCCUGAGAGGAGAAACUUAAGGUGCUGCAGGCCUGCAAAGUGCUGCCCAAAGCAUUUCCCGAGCGUGGAACAAGUCAUGAGUCAGUCCUGGGGAGUGAGGAGGAGCCAAGGGCUUCUUCUCCUGUCAGUCACCUGCGUCUGUCCUUCCUGCCCAAGGUCACGCUCAAUGUACAGGUUCCCAUUGUCCCCUACCAUAGGAUGCUCACAACAUCUCAAAAUUCAAUUAAAAAUGAAUGCAUUUAAAAAA